UUCGGCAUUGCCAUACAUACACACCUUUGACCUCUCUCUCCCUCCUUGAUCCCAAAAUUGGAACCCUAAAUUGAAACCCUAGUUUUAUCUUAUUUCUUCUGGAUCUGUCCGCAGAAGUUCUACGAUCGUUCUCCGUAUGGUGAUUAGGGUUCACAGAAGAUCAGCGAUUUCAAUGGUUUGAAUCUUAAACUUCUCUUUGUAUUAAUUUUUAGGGUUCUUAUUUUUGGGGGUGGUUUUUUUUUUUUCUUUUUUUUCUCUGUUGCGAUUCGAAUGCUUUGAUUUCUGUUGGGGAUGGAAAAAGGUAGAGAUACUGAAGAAUUUAAGGUGUUAUCAUCGAAUCCAAGAAUUGGAUUGAAACGUGAAUUUGCAUUUGCUAUGAAUGCCCAAUCUGAAUGUUCUGGGUCUUUAGGUAGAACUAGGGCUAGAAAAGCAGAAGAACCUAAUUCUGUUGUUGAUUUAGGGAAAUCUAGUAAGAAAAGAGCUAAACUUUGUGUCCCUAAGGAAGAACCAAAAGAGAUUUUUUCUGAUAAUGAGGAAACCCUAAUUUCAAAGGAGGGUGAAGUUGAGAAUGGGAAUUUACAUGGUAACAUUGAAAAUGGGGAUGAACAGAAGAAUGCUCAGUUCAAUUGUGUUGAUGAUGAGGAAAUGGUGAAGACUGAUUUGUUAAAUACACCAAGGAGAUUCACACGUUCAGCUCUGAAAGCUACAGAAGUUAUCAGCUACAAAAAACGUAAUGCGUCUCUUGGGAAAACUAAAACUCGGUUUACUCGUUCUUCUUUGGACUCGAUGACUGUGGAGACUGUAACGGAUGGCAAUAAGGAGCUAGGUAAGGAUUCAGCAGAGGCAUCUGAAAAGGAGGCACCAAAAAUUUCAAGGCUGGCACCAGCGAACCUUGUAGAAAAGGGUUUAAAGGAGAAUGGCAUAGAAAAUAAUGUAACUGGCACAUCCAACAAGCUGUUAAAUUGUUCAUCUUUGGAUCAAAAAGCAGAUGAGAUGGUAAACGAUGACAGUAUGGAGGUAGAAAUAACUUCAGCCGGUAAACCCAGUUUAGAUAUUAUGGAACAUGUAGCAGUUGUCCCUGAAAAUUCUGACCCUCAGCUUCUUUCAUUGGACAAACCUGGGAACUGCUUUCCUGAUUCAGCUUUGGAAACUAAGGAAGAUGAUCUGAUAAUGGAUGACAAUAAGGAGGUCGAGGAAUCCAAUCUGGAACCGAAGGAGGUCCAAAACUCUACAGCCGAGGAAUCCAUUGUGGAACCCAAGGAGGUCGAAAACUCUGCGGUCGAGGAAUCCAAUCUGGAACCCAAGGAAGUCCAAAACUCUACAGUCGAAGAAUCCUUUGUGGAACCCAAGGAGGUCGAAAACUCUACAGUCAAGGAAUCCAAUCUGGAACCCAAGGAACAGUUAGUGGCGGUCACCGAAAAUUCAGUGAAGCAAAAUAUGUCAGCUGGUAUAUCCACAAAGCGUUUUCCUCGUGUAGCCUUGCAAGUUAACCAGGACUUAGUAAUGAGCCCUAUAAGUAAUCAACUGAAUGUUCCAUCUGAGAAACCUAUGCGGCGAUUUACUCGUUCACUUGUGGAACCCAAGACAGAGCCUGCAGGGAUCAAUGGAACUUAUGAACAGCAGAAUGUUACUCCUGAGAAAUCCAUGCAGCGGUUUACUCGUUCACUUUUGAAACCUAAAUUAGAGCAAGAAGUGAUCGGUUGCAGUAAUGAAGUACACUAUGGCGUGUCAGAAGAAGCAUCAAGGCGUUUUACGCGCUCAGCUUUGAAACCUAAGGAGGAAAGAACUGAUACACCUGAAUAUGUCUUCACCAAUUCUCCCUCCAAUGUCAAGGAGCUAUUUGAGACUGGUAUGCUCGAGGGACUGGUUGUAAAGUAUGCCUUUCCGGGAAAGAAGACAACAGAGCUUCGAGGAACAAUAAAAGAGCUUGGUAUUUUGUGUUCCUGUAUCUUAUGCAAAGGGGAAAAAGUGGUUACACCAUGCCAGUUCGAGCAGCAUGCAGGUGGUACAAAGGAACACCCUGAGGAGUAUAUUUACUUGGAGAAUGGUAGCAGCCUUGGAGAAGUAUUAGGUUUGUUGAAGGAUAUUCCCUUGGAGAACCUGAAGGCAACAAUUCAAAGUGCAAUUUCCACUGCACACGUGAAAAACACGUGUACCUGUAUGUACUGUAAAGGACCUCUUUCUGGACCCAAAAGGGUUGUGCAAGUAUGCAACAAAUGCCUGGAAUCCAGGAGAUCUUGUGCAAGCCCAGCUCGUAAAACUGGUGAUGAGAGGUCAAAGUCAGUUGUGACCCCAAAGUCCUUGAAAAGUAUACAAAGGCAUAGCUCGUCACAGAAGAAAAGUAGUGUUAAAGGGAAAAUAACAAGAAAGGAUCUGGGAUUGCAUAAGUUGGUGUUUGAGGAAGGUGGCUUACCUGAUGGAACUGAAUUGGCAUAUUACAUGAAUGGAAAGAAACUGCUGGAGGGGUACAAAAAGGGUUUUAGCAUAUUUUGUCGUUGUUGCACUACUGAGGUCAGCCCUUCUGCUUUUGAAGCUCAUGCUGGUUGGGCUUCACGUCGCAAACCUUACCUAAACAUCUAUACGUCAAACGGGGUGUCACUGCAUGAGCUGUCAAUUUCUCUUUCGAAAUCUCGGAAGUUCGUUUCCAACUACAAUGAUGACCUGUGUGGCAUCUGUGCAGAUUUUGGUGAUCUUUUACUUUGUGAUGGAUGCCCUAGGGCCUUUCACCGAGACUGUGUUGGAGAGAUGCGAGUUCCUCGUGGUGACUGGUAUUGUCCAUAUUGCGUGAGUAUGUUCCAAAGAGAAAACCAUUGUACAAGUAACGCCAAUGCCAGGGCAGCCGGGAGGGUUGAAGGAGUUGAUGUUAUUGAACAGAUAACCAAAAGAUGUAUACGAAUCGCUGAAACUACAGAACCUGAAGUUGGUGGUCGAUGCUCGUUAUGCCGAUCGACUGGCUUUAGCAAAUCUGAGUUUGGUCCACGUACAGUUAUAAUUUGCGAUCAGUGCCAGAAGGAAUAUCAUGUUGGGUGCCUGAAGGAUCACAAGAUGGCAGAUCUACAGGAACUGCCAAAAGGGGACUGGUUUUGUUGCACGGACUGCAAUAGAAUUCAUACUGCUUUGCAGAAGUUGAUCGUUCGUGGAUCAGAGAGGCUUCCAGACUCUCUUUUGGUUGUUGUGAAGGAGAAGCUCGAGGAAAAAGGUUUGAAUAUAGAUGGAGAUUUGGAUGUAAGAUGGAGGCUUCUUAGUGGCAAGACGACUUCUCCUGACAGUAGAUCACUGCUUUCAAAGGCUUUAGCAAUCUUUCAUGAUCGCUUUGACCCUAUUGUUGACGCUACCACAGGUCGUGACGUUAUCCCAGCCAUGAUAUAUGGACGGAACAACAAAGUCCAAGACUAUGGUGGGAUGUAUUGUGCAGUAUUGACCAUUAACUCUUCCGUGGUAACAGCUGGAAUUCUUCGAAUAUUUGGGCAGGAAGUAGCAGAGCUUCCUUUAGUUGCGACGAGUAGUGAUCAUCAAGGACAGGGCUACUUCCAGUCACUGUUUUGUUGCCUCGAGAGGUUGUUGGGAUUCUUGAAAGUGAAGUACCUGGUGCUUCCAUCUGCUGGAGAAGCUGAAUCCAUAUGGACAGACAGAUUUGGUUUCGAAAAAGUUGGUGAUGACAAGUUGAAAGAGUACAAGAAGGAUUACCAGAUGGCCAUCUUUCAAGGGACUUCUGUGCUGCAAAAGGCAGUUCCAAAGUGUCGUAUUAUUGACAGAUCUCCAAAGAAAAGCUGAUUGGAGUAUAUAUAUUUGUACAGCCAAGCUUUUUGUUGCAAUGAUGUAUAGUAGUAGAAUUUUGUCAGGGUGGUCUAAAAGAAAUAGAUUCAGAAGUAUUUCAUACAGAUUCAGUAGUGGAAAUAUCAUUUUUUGAACAGGCUCCCUUAGGUAGUGGUAGCAGCAGAUAAAACAUGAAUUUAGGAAUAGAAUCACAUUGUCAUUCAACCACUGUAAACAGAACUUGUUACAUUCUAUUCUUCAUUUCAUCCCUGGUAAUCACAUCCAUUAAUCCGAUUCCUUC